AUGACUACCCCCCAUGUUAUUGCCUCCUCGUCCGCCCACCACUCCCAAAGCACAACCUCAAACGGCAUCGUCGGAAACCACUUCCGAGUCGGCAAGAAGAUAGGCGAAGGGUCCUUUGGAGUUGUCUUUGAAGGCACCAAGCUUGUUACCAACCAACCUGUCGCAAUCAAAUUCGAGCCGCGCAAGUCUGAUGCACCGCAGCUGCGCGAUGAGUUCCGUUCAUACCGGACUCUGAAUGGCACAGUCGGCGUCCCCCAAGUACAUCACUUCGGUCAAGAAGGACUGCACAAUGUCCUAGUGAUCGACCUUCUCGGCCCUAACCUCGAGGACCUUUUUGACAUGUGCGGACGCAAGUUCACCUUGAAGACCGUUUGCAUGGCCGCCAAGCAAAUGCUCACCCGCAUACAAUCCGUCCACGACAAGUCUCUCAUUUAUCGUGACAUCAAACCUGACAACUUCCUCAUCGGCGUCCCUGGCACAAAGACGGCCAACACUAUUCACAUUAUCGAUUUUGGCAUGGCGAAACAUUAUAGAGAUCCCAAGACCAAAGUGCACAUUCCAUAUCGCGAGCGGAAGUCGCUGUCUGGUACAGCACGUUACAUGUCGAUUAAUACCCAUUUGGGUCGCGAGCAGUCGCGACGGGAUGACCUGGAAUCUCUGGGCCAUGUAUUUAUGUACUUCUUGCGUGGCGGACUGCCAUGGCAAGGUCUUCGGGCUGCCACGAACAAGCAAAAGUACGAGAAGAUUGGAGAGAAGAAACAGACUACUCCGAUCUCCGAACUUUGCGAGAGCUUCCCUGAGGAGUUUGGAAUUUACAUGAACUAUGUUCGGAAGCUUGGAUUCGAAGAAUCCCCAGACUACGAUUUCUUGCGCGACCUUUUUAGUAAAGUCCUCAAGAAUCUCAACGAGGAUGAAGACGGCGUAUACGACUGGAUGUUGCUUAACAAUGGGCGAGGCUGGGAGGCCGGAGGGGUGCGUACAGUGAUUUCCAUUACCUCCUUGCAACUGACUCUUGACUAG